AUGCCCGAAAUAAUCGACGACAAAUCCCAACACUGCAUCCCAUUCCUCCUGGAGCGCUUAAAAGCCCACCAAGAGCGAUUCGGCAACGACCCGGCCAGAACCCCACCAUUCUUUCUGGGGUUGAACGGCGUCCAGGGAGCCGGAAAGACGGUGCUGGUGUCCACUCUACAAUCGACUCUGCGUUCCCCGCCAUACUCCCUCCCCGUUAUCACUCUGUCGCUCGACGAUCUAUACCUCACCCACGAGGAACAGGUCAAUCUCGCCAAGUCGCACCCGGCAAAUCCACUACUGCAGCAUCGCGGACAACCGGGGACCCAUGAUCUGCCAUUAGCCAAGGAGGUCUUUGAAUCUCUCCGCGCGGGCCGAGCCACGGCUAUUCCGCAGUAUGAUAAAUCGGCGUAUGCGGGGCAAGGGGAUCGCGUACCCGAGUCGCAAUGGGAGAUUGUUAACGGUGAGGGGCAGGAGAAGAUAAAGGUCGUUAUCUUCGAGGGCUGGUGUGUUGGUUUCCGCGCUUUGGAUGAUCAGCUCCUGCGCGAGAAGUGGGAUGCUGCUGUUUUGCGGAAAGAGAAGGGCGACUAUGAUGGACGGCUGGGAUAUGUGCCGUUUGAGGCCGCCAAGGCUGUUAAUGAUGCGCUGAAGGACUAUGAUCUGAUCACGGAGUGA